UAUAGGAGUAUGUCGAAACUCUUUCUUGAGGCAAACUUCUUUGAAGAUGAUGGCGAAGGAUCAACAGAGAUUACGAAAUAUGGCUAUAUUGGCUACUAUGUUGUGAUACUGAUGGUGUGAUUACCGCUGUUUGCAUUCCACUUUUUAUUCUUGAUAAAAGAAUGUAACAAAAGUUUAAAAGACGUUUUCAGAAUUAUCCAAAUUAUUAUCUUGCUUGAAUACCUUCUGAUGAUAAUCUUGCUAGAUGGCUUAAGGUUCUUGGAAACAGGCUGGUUUUGAAAGAAAUUCUUGUUCUUCUUUGGGAUGAUUGGAUAUUUCCUCUCAGACUUGAUUAAUAUAACAUGAUGGGCUCUCUUGCUGAUUCAUACAAAAUACUACACCAAUAGUCUCAGUAGGAAUUCGGUUGAAGGCUUAAGAAGUGAAAUACUAUCGAUAAUUAACAAAAUCAGAAAAUGGGAGAAAUGUAUUCUUUACUUGCUUGCUUCCUUCAUCUUUAUUUUUGCAGCUUUCUCUUUUGCUGCUCUCCCCUUCUGACCUGGUUGCAAGCAUUGCCCAAAAGAGGACUGGAAUAAUUGGAGUAAUACAUGCCAAAUAGUCGAAAAUACUGCAAACAGAUUAGCUGAAUCUUUCUCUGUACUUGGAAUUAUAGUAUCAAUUUUUAAGCUAAUAUUAGGAUGUUUUAUGUUAUAUAUGCUAAAGAACCAUCUAAAUUUCUAUUACAGGGCAAAAAUAUCAAAAAUUCUCAUUGCUAUCUUCUUAACUUGAGUGAGUAAUACAAUUAAGCUAGUCAAUACCUUUAACCAAAAUAUUAACAAUCUAAGCUUAAAGGUGAAAUAUACUGAUAAAAAGCCUAUACAAGCCAAUGAAUUGUGGUAUAGUCUUCCCUUGGCCAUACUACUAAGAGUUCUUCCCAUCCUAGUUAUCACAGUAAAUAUUCAACUGAUUUAUUACACUUGUUAUCUAAGAAAUCUAAUGAAGGGAUGAGGAAUUGGGGAUUACCUAAAAGUGUGCUCAAUUUUUAUGAAGUCAUCUAAAAAUAUUUAUGAAAUUUUGGAAGAGGAUCAAAAAGACUCGUUCUGGAAUAAAAAUUCAACUUUAAUUGGAGACGACGGCAACCAAUGAGAAGAAGAUUGCUCUCUAAGGCAAACAUCUUUUUGUAAAAAUCGAGCAGAAAGCCUGAACUUAUCAGAAGCAUUCACAGAAAAUUCCGAGAUUGAUGAUUUAUACAAGAAAGAGUAUGAAAGAAUAGCUGAGAUGGAAAAAGAAUUCAGAUCUACCAGGGAUUUAGGCAGCACAGUUUCUUAAGCUAUAUUAUUAACAAUAUAG